CCACAUGACCGGGGUUCAGCAGGAAGUGUAGCCGCAAGAGGACUGCAGAGAGUCUGCAUCACACGUCUUCGGCACUCGGCUCGAACGUUCGGUUGUCUUGCGCACUUUCCUGUGUUUGGCGUUUUCGUAAAAUAUUCAAAGCUAGAAAAUGUACUGGCGGCUCCUGUUUACGACGGUGGCUCUGGUUGUGCUGGGGAGCACGACGGUAGGAGCGGCGGAUGACUGCAGCCUGAACACCAACUGCACCAGCUGUCUGAACAGUACUGCUGGGUGUUCUUGGUUUGACUGUCCAGGUACAAACGACAUCCCAAGCUUCUGUGGGAAUGAGAGCUCACUGAAUUCCACUUUCUCCAGCUGCAUACAGCACAACGACACAUGUACAGGAGUUACCCCUACCCCCAUGAUCUCAACUACAACUGCUGUCACAGGGUCCAUGAACACCUCAAGCACUACUGCAGUUACUCAAUCUCUGAACAACACAACAACAACCACCACUGCUGCUUCCAAAACCACCAUAACUACAGCAACGCCCUCUCCGCCCCCCCAGAAGAAGUCGACGUUUGAUGCAGCCAGCUUCAUUGGGGGCAUUGUACUUGUGCUGGGACUGCAGGCAGUUGUCUUCUUCCUGUACAAGUUCUGCAAGUCCAAGGACCGCAAUUACCACACUCUCUAAAGGAACUGUCCUCUCCCGCUCCCCUGACCUCAGACACCUGUUCCAACCUGCCCACCUGGCCUGGUGACCAGUACCACCGCCUCAAAUCCAGUGUUCUCAAACGAUGUUGUCACUCACUGGUCAUAGCUAAGUGGAGCCUCUGCCUGGGUUGGGGAGGGAGCACGCUGCCUCUAGGCUGCUGGUAUUCAGGCUAAUGGGCUCUUCAGCUCCCAGUUCCCCUCGUCCCAAAAUGGCUUGUAUUUAAACAUUAUCACAGACCUGUAGCCUGUCUGCUGCUUGUCAGCCUUUCAAUUGGCACCUUAAAAAUAAAUAAAUCCCACUCGGAGGGAGAAUUGCUUGAAUACCAUCGCUUUAGAGGGAAGCUUUGUGGUCUCUUGCCUUAUUUUGUCUGAAACACUGUUUGAAGUUCAAAGUCUUGUACAUAGUCUGAAAGAUGCAGCUCUGCUUUUAAGGUCUCUCUGCAGAGUCAGUGAGGCAGAGUGUGAUCCUCCAAGACAAGCCCGAAUGGAAUGGCUAAGCUGCAGUUGGGGGUGUUGGUAGAGGCAUAGGACAAUUCUCCCAGCAAAAUUGUUGGUUGGCUGAAGGUCGAGGGUCAGGGGGGUUUCGGGGGCCAGGGGUGCUCCAAGCAACAAAUUCAUAGAGCCUCCUUGUUUUCUGGUCAACUGAUUAGUGUCCUUGAGCUGAUCAGCUGUAGCCAUGUCCAUGUAAACAAAACAAAACUUCUGUCACCUACUUGGUCUGCUUUAGAGAGGAGGGGAUGGGGCUUAACACUCAGUUGGACUUUUAGUCGAGCUGCAUCCAAGAAAAAUUAUGAUGCACAUGACUUCUUGAGGAUGGGGUGAUGACUAGAGGAAAGUGCCUUACGAUGGUGUUAGUCAGGCGAGGGAAGGUGGGAUGAAUAGAAAUAUAUCAGUAAGGUUCUGUGCCUUCAUUGCCAACCCCCAGGCUUUGUGAUUGAAUGCCAACUCUGGAAGGAGCUGUAUCGCUGUGCUGAUGUUGGCAAAUAGUGUAGAUCCCCAGCAGGACUGUGUGAUGUUAAGAGCAAUGAUGUUAAUUAUAGUAACUUUAGCUUUGCAGAAGGUUGGCCUUUUUUCUUGGGUCUGCCCCCCCCCCCCCCCCCCCUUUCUUUAUGGACUAAGAUGUUUUCCCUUGAUUUAUGAUGUUGUCUUGGUGCAUGUUCAGUGAUCUUUCUGAGAUGGAGUGGAUUGAGAUGAAGGUUCUGUGUUGUAGAUAUUGUUUUGCCCACGUCAUCCUGCACCUCCUUUUCCAUUAAAUGGUUCGCCUGUGUUGGUCAAAUUGACCACACAUCUUCAUUUAGACUAUAAAUAUAUUGUCGGCUUAAAAAACCCCUAAGAACUCAUGUCUGAUUUUAGUUGCCUUCCGUCUCUUUGAAAGUUGCCUUGACUUGAAUUUUUGUUCCUUUGUCACUGAAGACGUGAAUGUAUUUUCAAUUUUGAGGGUUUAAAGGCUUGUGAAGAUUUUCUUUGAUUUUUAUGAUGGCUCUUGUAACUUAUGUAGGGAAAUGCCAAGUGUGAUGGUUGGGAUUUUUUUUUUUUUUUUUUCCUCCUCCUCCAAUAGUUUGUUUCAUAUCUUGGUUAGCAUGUUGCUAGUGGUGAAGGAUUGUCUCUGGUUCCAGCUUGGAAACCCCUUGGCGUUCUUGAUUUAAACUUAGGCAAGACUAGUGAAUGCUAUUUGAGAUCUUUGUCAGUAGUUGGCUCAUUGCUUGCGAUGUUGAGACAAUCGGCAGAUAUUUUGUUUGUGCUUUAUUUUUAGCCUCUUUGAAUUGUAUGUUUUUAGGUGUAUGUAUGGGCUUUACGCAUUUCGGCAAACCACAUUGACCUAAAAUGAAGGACUGCUGUAUAAUGAGAGGUCUUGGCCAAGCAUGGUAGGUGGAGCAUAAAACUAAUCUGUUUCUGCAGUGUUGGCUUCGUUUACACUGUUGCCAAAACUUCACCAGUGCUUGUUGCUUAACUGUAAAUUGUCGCUUUAAGUUGCCAAAGUGAUACCUUUUGGUUAGAUGGAAGUAAAUGAACACUAA